AUGAGUACCAUCGAAACGCGAAGCAAGAAGUCACAACCGAAGGAAAAGGAAGUCGGAAGCGACGAAUCGGGAGAUUCGUCUAGAACAGGCGAAACGUCAGGUACAGAGCGAACCACCUGUACAGGACAAACAACUAGCACCAAUCAAACUACGACCACAACAGACUCAAGCAGUACAGCGAAAAACACACCACAAGACGUGCAUAGAAAAGCGACGGGAUCACGGACAUCGCAGAGCAAACGUGCAGAACUAGAAGCCCGUUUAGAACUCCAGCACAGAGAAAAAGAACAGGCGGACGCCGCAGCUGCACUCGCUCGUACUAAAUUGGAGCUUUUGCAACUAGCAGAGAACUCCGACCAAGAACCGGACGCUGAAAACGACCUAGUCAACGAUUGGAUAGACAAAACUCCGCCGCCACAAGAUACCGAAUUUAACCGCAGUAUGAACAUCCUAUCAAACCUAGUAGCAAAGGCAGUUCAACAAACCAACAGUAGUCACGAACACAGAACGGAUACCGCACCAAAGAAACCACCAAUAUAUAUUAACGAUCUGUACCUAUUUGACGGAGAUCCCAUCAACUGGAUACCAUUCAUCAGCCACUACAAGGACACUGCAUCAUUUUUUAGUGACAUCGAAAACACCGCUCGCAUCAGGAAGUCCCUCAAAGGACUUGCAAGACAAACAGUAAAAUCUCUUCUAUACACCAGCACGAACCCAGAAAUAAUAUUAACAGAAUUAGAAAGAAGAUUCGGACAACCUUCAUAUAUAAUAAAAAGCGAAAUCGCAGAACUCGACAAAUUGCCCAAAAUGACUGAAGACAUUAAGGGCAUAGGCACAUUUGCUAGCGCAGUAUUUAACAGCGUAAAUACAAUAAAACAAUUAGACCGAAAGGAAUAUCUUUACUCUACCGAUAUAUCAGAUAGAAUCGUGGGAAAAAUGAGCACCAUAGUAAGAUUUCGAUGGCAAGAAUACAAAUGCCACCGGACAAAGGAACCCAUACUCAGUGUGCUGUCUGAGUUUUUAAAUAUGAUAUCGGAUCAAUUUGAUGAGCCCGGUUUACGUCUCAAACAGAAGGUUAAAAUAGAAAAUAACAAAUCACGACCAAUAAGAAGAGCCAGAGUUAAUACGGCAAAUCACGAAUCAACCUACGAAAGUGACGAAGAUUCAAACUACGACAGCGAGUUCGAAGAAGAAAUGAGAAUCGUCCUUACCGCCUCGGCAAUAGAAGAAGAAAGAUGUCCCCUAUGCGAACAAUCACACGAUAUUAUCAAAUGCGACAAAUUCACAAAGGAACCCACCAAAGAACGUUGGGAAAUAGUCAAAAGACUAAAGAUGUGUUUCAAAUGUCUCAAAACGAAUCACAGACACUUUCAAUGCAAAACUCAACCUUGUGGCAAGGAUGGUUGCAUCAGAAAGCAUCAUGAGCUACUGCAUCAAGAAAGAUUAAAACCAGACUCUAAUAAGAUAGUUUCAGUAAAUCACAUAGGCACUUCAAAAGCCUACUUAAAAAUAGUACCUGUAGAGCUGUGCGGACCAAAUGGCACUGAGACCGUCAUGGCCUUACUAGAUGAGGGGUCAACAGUCACUCUGCUGGUAGACAAAGUCGCCCACCACAUAGGAGCCUCCGGACCUGCAAAGAGCCUAGUUAUCGAAGGCAUAAGCGGUCAUCAAAUGAAAACGGAAGAAUCAAGACAUAUUAAAAUUCGUAUCAAAGGUUUAUUCUCAAGGACAUAUGAAGAUCUUCAGGCACAUACAAUCGGACAACUCAACCUUGUAGCACAAUCCGUAAAGAAAGAAGACAUAGAAGAUUGCCCCCAUCUUAAAGAUAUAGAAGAUCAGCUGAUAUACGAUGGAACGCCACCAUCACUGUUAAUAGGCCAAGACAACUGGCACUUAAUAGUUACAAGAGACUUGAAGACUGGUAGCGCAUCAAAGCCCGUGGCAUCCCUAACCAGCCUAGGAUGGAUACUUCACGGCUUGAAGACUGAAACCUCAAAACCCGUCCUCUUCAUAAAUCACAUUCAUGAAAAAGAAACUGAAGACAUAGAUAAACUAAUUAAAAACCAUUUCAGUCUCGACUCGUUGGGAAUAACAGAAAGAAAACCACUAAAAGAUCCCGAACAACGAGCCAUGGCAAUUUUAGAAAAAACAACUCAUAGAUUGCCCGAAGGAAGAUUCGAAUGCGGAUUACUAUGGAAAUCCGACGAUGAAACUAUGCCACAAAAUAGAAACAGUGCCUUACGCCGCCUACAAGGCAUAGAAAGAAAACUAAAUAAAAAUGAAGACUUCAAAUUAAAAUAUACUCACCAAAUACAAAAUCUAAUAUCCAAUGGAUAUGCCGAACUAGCCACCACAAAACCCACCUCGCCAAGAACCUGGUACCUGCCACAUUUCGCAGUAAUACAUCCACAAAAGGAAAAAUUAAGAGUCGUGUUCGACGCCGCCGAACGCACAAAUGGCAAAAGUCUAAACGAUGCCUUACUAUCCGGUCCUGAUUUACUACAAUCCCUCUUCGGCGUGCUGAUAAGGUUCCGCCAAGGCCCGGUAGCCGUCGCAGCCGACAUCAAGGAAAUGUUUCUCAGAAUCGUAAUACGAGAAGAAGACAGAGACAGCUUACGAUUCCUCUGGAAAGAGAACGAAACAGACGCAGAACCUAAAGAAUACAGAAUGAAGUCGCUAAUAUUCGGAGCAACGUUAUCACCCUGUUCAGCUAUAUACGUUAAGAAUCGAAAUGCUCAAGACUUCCAAGAAAAAUAUCCCGAGGCUGUGAAUGCCAUUCAACGUUGUCAUUAUAUGGACGACUAUUUACAAAGCUUCCCAACAGUCGAAGAAGCAAAAAGAACAAGUAAAGAAGUGGACCUCAUACACAAAAGUGGAGGUUUCGAACUAAGAGGAUGGACAUCGAAUUAUCCAUCCACUAUUAACACAAUGGAAAUCAACCAUCCCGACCACAUUAAUUUGGGAGACCACGAUAAAUAUGGGAAGACAUUGGGCAUGAUAUGGCAAACCAACAACGACGCAUUACGAUUUACUGUCAGCCUUCGCAACACGCCCGAUGACGUCACUAAAGAAACGAGACCACCAACUAAACGCGAAGUCGCAAGCGCUGUCAUGUCAGUAUUCGACCCGCUAGGUUUAGCCACUCCAGUUUUAAUACAAGGAAAAACACUUAUACAGCAACUAUGGCGCACCGGAAUAAAUUGGGACGACCACAUACCCGACACGCUUAGAGACCAUUGGUCAAAAUGGCUCAACAACCUAGCAUGUCUAAAGGAUCUCAACGUUCCACGAUGUACAGAUUCCUGUAACGAGGGGGAACUACAUACCUUCGUAGACGCCAGUGAAACCAUCUAUGCCGCUGCAACAUACUGGAAAACUACUAUGAACAACCAGGUCAGCAUAAAACUAAUAGCAGCAAAAGCCAAGGUGGCCCCACUCAAACCUACCUCUAUACCACGAUUAGAAUUACAAGCCGCAGUGCUUGGCUGCCGUCUAGCAAACAGCAUUCACCAAGAAAUGGACACCAAUAUUAAGAAGAAGUAUUACUGGUCAGACUCUCGAACGGUAUUAGCAUGGAUCAAAUCCGACCCACGCACGUUCAAAACCUUCGUCGCACACAGACUAGCUGAAAUAGAAGAACUCUCAAAAACAUCAGAAUGGAGAUACGUACCCACUAAACAAAACGUAGCUGACGACGCAACUAGAUCGGCACCCCGAAAUUUCGACAGCAACCAUCGAUGGUUCAACGGUCCAGAAUUCCUAAAACUUGACUGCAACGAAUGGCCUCAAGAUCACAGUGAUCGCUCACUACAAGUUACGGGCGAAGAAAAAACACAGACAGUAGCCACGGCGCGUCUCGUUCAACCACCUAUACCAGACGUCAGUCGUUUCUCAUCAUGGACACGUUACCUACGAGCCUCAGCACGCUUCAUACAAAGCGUCGAAGUUUUUAAAACAUUACUAAAUAAACCCGACAAAGUCACCGCCACUAAACGAAUCGUCAAGGAUAAAGCCUGGAAACCGUAUAAAAACAGAUGA